UUGAACGUGACACUCUGCCCUUUCUGCAACCAUUAUCCUCACCUGGACACUGAGCAGCUUCCCAAAGCAGUGGAUGCAGCGGUGGAAACGUCACUUUUUUCCUGGGAUAAAACUUCUAGGUGUGUUCUAUUAUUUAUUGUACUGAAGCUUCUAAUUGGAAAUGCAAUGUGGAAAUGUGCACCUUGCUUUUUAAUUCCAAACUUCCAUUAUUUGGAAUGCAGGCUGGAGAAAAGGUUUUACAGGAGAAAAAGUUUAGUUACUCCUCCACAGCAAACUGAAGGUUUAAAGGACACAUAAGGGCUAUGGGUGCAAAAGACACAAGCAGCCCCAUGGAAUACUAGGCAGAGAUUAACUGCUUCUUCUUGUGGCAAUGUCUGAAGCACCGACUCGUCUGUCCACCAAUGGCACCAGGGUCACUGUAGACCAUGACUUUACCGGCUUGCCAAAGCCACCAUAUUCUUUCAAUGCUUUGCUUUUUUCCAUAACACUGACAUUAACAUUUCUAAUGCUGAUGGGCAGCAUGUACUCACUGGUGUCACUUCUGAAAAUGAAAAGCAGAUCUACUUUAUCUGUGCUUGUGAUUUCCCUAUCAUUGGAUGACUUAAUCAGUGUUGUACCUGUGACUAUUUUCUUGCUAAAACAAUGGACUACUGAAGCUCUUCCCCAACCUUUAUGCACCACCGCAGCAUUAAUGUACCUGUUUCAGGGUAUGUCAACCAAUCUAAAAGCAUCUGUCAUUAUGUGCUACAACUUCAGCACAGCUAACAAAAUCACAAAGUAUGAAACUUCAAAAGUACCAGUUAAAAUAGCAUGUGCCAUUCUCACAAUAUGGACAACUAGCUUGUUAAUAAGUUCAUUACCUUUGUGUGGAUGGGGUAGAUAUGAAGCUACAUCAUGGGGAUAUCUGACUGACAGCAGCAGUUCUUAUGUUUUGUUUUUAUUUGGGGUAUAUUCCCUGUGUUUCUGUAUCUUAACAAUUCUCUCAGUUCCUUUAACUCACCAGUUGCUGUGUUCAGACAGACAGCAGCAAUCAGUUUAUGGGAAUUACAGAAAUAUGACCAAAGGAUAUUUAACCCCAAGUACACCCCUGGGCAGCAAUGCAUCCUCUCUCUCUCCUGACAAUCCUGUUGCUAAAACAAUGAAGAAUUCCAGGCAGCAGUGUGUGAGCUCAGAAGUGAUGUUCAAGGCGAGUCUGGCUGAAGGAGAGGAACAGCACUACACACCCGGCAGAGCUGGCAGGAGCCUAACAGUGCUCUAUGCUCAGAAGAGGUUUUCCCUAAUGCUUGCAAUGACUAAAGUCAUUCUUUGGCUUCCGCUCAUGAUACAGAUGAUUGUCCAGUAUAUUGUUGGCUUUCAGAGCCUUCUUUUUGAGGCAUUAAGUUUCCUUCUCACUCUGCUUGCUGCUGCUAGCACCCCUCUGUUUCUUUUGUCGGAACGCUGGAGUCAUCUUCCAUGUGGCUGCAUCAUAAACUGCAAGAGGAAGACAUAUGCCAUGUCAUCAGAAGAAAUCCAAACUAAAAGAAGAGGAUUUGAUUUCAAUUUGUCAUUCCACAAUGGCUAUGGGAUGUAUAAGAUAUCAAAAGAAAACCAUGCUACUGGAGAAGAUUCAAUUUCAUACUAUAAUCUAAUUAACUAUGACUGUGAAAACACAAAUGAACCUCGUAGUGAGAGAAUACUCAACUCUGCAUUACUAGAUUUCAGCACCAUAACUUUUCAGGACAGCUCCAUACAAAAAGACAUGGGAAAACUCAAAUCUCUCAACACAGAGAUAAAAAAUGACCAAGGGAAGGACAAAGCCAUUGGGCGGCUUUUUUCUGAAGUCAGAAGUUAUGACAAGUCCACAUUUUAUGAAAGCCAAGAUCGGAGAUUGUCUCAUGAAGAGAGUCGGAAACCAGAACUCACAGACUGGGAGUGGUGCAGGAGUAAAUCUGAAAGAACCCCCAGACAGCGCUCUGGAGGAGAAUUAGCUAUACCACUAUGUGCUUUCCAAGGGACUGUAUCUCUUCACGCACCCACUGGAAAAACACUGUCUUUAUCAACAUAUGAGGUAAGCAGUGAAGGACAAAAGAUAACUCCAACGUCUAAAAAGAUUGAAGUGUACCGGUCAAAAAGUGUCGGUCAUGAGCCAAACAAGGAAGAUUCCCCCACUCAGUUUCCUGACACAAAUGUAAAGAUCCAUUUGGAAGUCCUUGAAAUUUGUGAAAAUGAUGAAGCCAUGGACACUGUGUCAAUCAUCAGCAAUAUUAGCCAAUCAUCUACUCAAGCAAGAUCUCCUUCUUUGCGAUAUUCCCGGAAAGAGAACCGAUUUGUCUCCUGUGACCUUGGAGAAACUGCAUCAUACUCGCUCUUUAUCCCAACCAGCAAUCCUGACAGUGACAUUAAUAUUUCAAUUCCAGACACUGUGGAAGCUCACAGGCAAAACAGUAAAAAGCAGCAUAUGGAGAGAGACAGCUAUCAAGAGGAAAUACAAUUGUUAAAUAAAGCUUACAGGAAAAGGGAGGGUGAUAAGAACAAUUAAACAGUGGUAAAUAAGCAUCGCUAUCAUUUUGUGUUCAACAAAGCUUUUCCCAAAAUAACCUAUGUUUAAGAGAACACAUUUGUAAAUGCAUUCUUUUUUCACCUGGGUGCUUUUUACAGCAGUACAAAUUAAAGCAGCUAAGCGUUUCUCAAGAGUUUCAGCACAUUUGUGAAAACCCAUUGAUCGUUAAUGAGUGAUAUUACAUUUGGAAAAGUAGUUUGCAAUAAUUUACUCACCGGCAGAAAUUAGACUGUUUCCUUUUGUCCCCAAAGAACACAUGCAGAGUAAAAGAUUAAAUGUCAGGUAAAACAAAUAAGCACAUCAAUCUGCCCCUACUGAUUUUUCUAAAUAUUUAGGCUUAAAAUUUGCAUUCUGAAUAUCACUGUUCGGCUAUUUACUGGAAGGUGAUUCAUUUAACAAAAGCUUUUUCUAUAAAAUAUUACUUUAAAUAUUCUUCAACCCUUUAACUUUUGUUGACAUCUUGUACUGGUAUACUCAUUUUCUGUAACAGAAAAUAAUUCAUUAUAUGAGCUUCAUAUUUAAUUACCAGCUGAUCAUCCCUUCCCCUUCUCCCAUCAAAUGUAUUGAAAAUAAGAUAAUUUAUUCUUUAUGUACAGGUUUAUUUAUCAGCCCACACACUAUAAUUAUGCCUGAAUAUCAGAAUCUUACUAACUUAUUUCAGUCAUUCUUAA